AAUCUCCACAUGCAGCUUUGAGAAUUGAGACCAAAAGGAGAAAUGGAAUCACUAAUUGAGGAAGAAGAAGAAGAGUCACGAUUUUUCGAUGCUCGCGAAGAAAUCGCGUCUUGUUCAAGUACAAGUCCUUAUAGAAUCGAGUACGAUGAAUCACCAUCGUCGAUUUCUGGGGAAUUUCGUUACGAUGUUUGGAUCAAAAGCCCAGGAAACACUGAGGAGCGUCGUCAGAAGUUUUUGAACUGGAUGGGUUUAAGUAGUAGUGUGAGCGAAGAUAAAUCAGGUAAUGUGAAUCGUUUAUGGAGCUCGGUUAAUGAAUCAGCGGUUUUGAUGAGUUUGAAAUCUGAUGAUGAUGAGUUUAGCUCUUGUCGUUGUGAUUCUUCUGUGUUUAGUCCAAGUGAGAAUGUAGAUAGAAUUGUGAAAGAGGAAGAAGUAGAUAGUCGAAUGGUUUUGAGGAAUUUGGGUUUUGGUGAUGAUGAUGAUGAUGAUAUUAGCUCUAGUCUUUGUUCUGUAUCAUCAUCGCCUGUAUCGGGUUUAACGGAUAGGAUUGUGAAGGAAAAUGGUGAAGCGUUACCAGACCCGAUGGUUGCUGCGGAGGUAAGGGAUGUAGGUGGGAUUAUGAAGAGGGUUAAGGAGAAAUGGUUGAGUCGGUUGUACAAAGUGCGGAGUAAGCGAAGUGCGGGAGAUGAUAAUGGUGGUGAAGUUGCGGUUUGCGGGAGUAGAAUUGAGAGAGUUAAGGUGAAAGAGUAUAAGAAAGAGGCUAGGGAGCUUUCUGCUCUUUUUAAAGGUCAAGAGAUACAAGCUCAUGAGGGAGCGAUUCUCGCUAUGAAGUUUAGUCCUGAUGGGAGGUAUCUUGCGAGUGCUGGUGAAGACGGGGUUUUGCGGGUUUGGAGUGUUGUUGAAGAUGAAAGAUGUGAAGAACAUGACGUUCCUAAGAUUGAUCCUUCUUGCAUAUACUUUGAAGUGAGCAAACUCUCUGAGUUGAGACCUGUGGCUGUAGAAAAGGAUGGGAUUACUGGUUCAUUGAUGAGUCCAAGGAAGACAACAGAGUCUGCUUGUGUUAUUAUUCCCCCAAAGAUUUUCCGGGUUCUUGAUAAACCACUUCACGAGUUUCUUGGUCAUAGUGGUGAUAUCCUUGACAUCUCAUGGUCCAAGAACAAUCGUCUGUUGUCAGCUUCAGUAGACAAUAGUGUUCGGCUUUGGCAGAUCGGCCAUGAGGACUGUCUUGGAAUCUUUUCUCACAGUAACUACGUUACAUCUGUUCAGUUUAACCCGGUGGAUGAUGAUCACUUCAUCAGUGGUUCGAUAGAUGGAAAAGUUCGUAUCUGGUCAGCUUCUCAGUGCCAAGUUGUAGAUUGGGCCGACGCCAGGGGCAUUGUAACCGCAGUUUGUUAUCGCCCAGAUGGGCAGGCAGUGAUUAUCGGAACUUUGACAAGCGAUUGUCGCUUCUACAAUGUAUCAGGCCACUGCCUUCAACUCGAUGGUCAUAUAUGUCUGCACAACAAAAAGAAGUCGUCGAAUAAACGAAUAAUCGGCUUUCAGUUUGAUUCAACCGACCCAAGCAGAGUCAUGGUGGCAUCCGCAGAUUCACAAGUGAGGAUCAUUAGCGGUCGCAACGUUGUCCACAAAUACAAAGGAUCUCGAAAUGCCGGAAACCAAAUAUCGGCAUCUUUUACAGCAGACGGGAAGCAUAUAGUAUCGGCGUGUGACGACUCCUCAGUCUACGUCUGGAACUGCGUUGGACACAACCCUGAACAGCCGUCUCCUGGUUUUUUCUCUCACACCAAACGACUUAAAAUCCGAUCAUUCGAAAAAUUCUCUGCAGAUGUCUCAGUAGCUAUCCCGUGGUGCGGGUUUACGCAUGUACUCUCCGGUGGAUCCGAGCUAUCGCCAUCGCUCUUCUCACUGGGGCGCGAGUACGUUCUCGAUUCUCCUAAGGGAUCCGCCACUUGGCCGGAGGAGAAGCUAGCGAGCUCAUUUUCUCCGGUUAAAGCGAUCCGUAGAUCUCAUUACAAAUUCCUCCGAUCGUCGUGCCGGAGAACGUCGGAGUCAUCUCAUCUCUGGGGAUUGGUUAUAGUCACCGGAGGGUGGGAUGGACGGAUCAAAUUGUUUCACAACUAUGGUGCUGAAGCGAGUAUUGGUGUAAACUACGGCACAAUAGCUAACAACCUCCCUCCGCCGCAACAAGUAGCGGAGUUCCUCCUCCAUUCAACCGUCAUUAACCGCAUCCGCCUCUUCGACACCGAUCCUCAAAUCCUCCAAGCCUUUGCUAACACGGGUAUCGCCGUCACUGUAACCGUCCCCAACGACCAAAUCCCACACUUAACCAACCUCUCCUCCGCCAAACAAUGGAUCUCCGAUCAAAUCCAACCUCACUUCCCAUCAACAAACAUCAUUCGUAUCCUCGUCGGAAACGAAGUCAUCUCCACCGCCAAUCACCUCCUCAUCAGAACCUUAAUCCCAGCAAUGCAAUCUCUCCACACCGCCUUAGUCUCCGCUUCUCUCCACCGUCGAAUCCAAAUCUCAACGCCACAUUCUUUAGGAAUCCUCACUAAUUCAACCCCACCUUCUUCCGCUAAAUUCCGGCGAGGCUACGACACAAAUGUCCUCAAGCCUCUCCUUAGCUUCCUCCGAUCUACUUCUUCUCCGUUCGUCGUCAAUCCUUAUCCGUUCUUCGGUUACUCAAUCGAAACUCUCGAUUUCGCUCUCUUUAGACCUAAUCCAGGCUUAUUCGAUCAACACACGAAGCUUCUCUACACAAACAUGCUCGAUGCUCAGCUUGAUUCGGUUUAUUCCGCCAUGGAUAAGCUAGGGUUUUCAGAUGUUGAGAUCGUGAUUGGCGAAAUCGGGUGGCCAUCGGAGGGAGAUAUAGAUCAGAUCGGCGUUGAUGUUGAUACAGCGGCUGAAUUUAACAAGAAUCUGGUGACGCGUGUAAAUUCCGGUACCGGAACUCCAUUGAUGCCAAAUCGGACUUUUGAAACUUACAUUUUCGCGCUCUUCAAUGAAAAUCUCAAAUCCGGACCAACGUCGGAGCGUAAUUUCGGCAUCUUCCGAUAUGAUUUGACUCCGAUCUAUGACAUCGGAAUCCUCCGGCCAACGUAUAGAUCGUCGAAUCCGGAGAACAGUCCUCGAUCACCGGUUAGAGGAUCGCCGGAGAAGCGGUGGUGCGUUACAAAGCCCGGUGCUGAUACGGUGGCUUUACAAAGGAACAUUGACUACGUAUGUGGAUUGGGCUUGGACUGUAGGCCCAUUAAUGAAGAUGGGCUUUGUUUCUUGCCGAAUACAGUGAAAGCCCAUUCGGAGUACGCAAUGAACUUGUAUUACCAAACUAUGGAGAAACACGAGUUCAAUUGCGAUUUCGACAACACUGGAGAGAUAACUACGAUUGAUCCAAGCUAUGGAAAUUGUGAAUAUCAGGCUUAGUAAGUUUACCUUCUUAUAAAAACGUACAAAGUGU